AUAAAUUGGGUCUCCCACCCAAUGCAUAAGUUUAUAUUAUUUACAAUUUAGAUUGUAUAAAAUGACCUUUCGCGAUACUCGGUAGCUCCUUGCAUUCAAUUCGUCAUUUUAGUAUUGAAUAUCACGGAGUCAUCAUAUAAUCAUAACUAACUCUUGAAGAAAAAUAUUAAGAAAUCCACAAGAUGACUCAAGAAAAACCAAAAUAUCUUAAAUUUGUGUUUGGUGGAUUGGCUGGGAUGGGGGCAACAUGUUUUGUACAACCAUUGGAUCUUGUGAAAAACAGAAUGCAAUUGAGCGGAAUGGGUGGCAAGGCCAAGGAGUAUCCUACUUCUUUGCAUGCAAUCCGUGGUAUUAUUGCAAAGGAAGGAUUUUUUGCCAUGUACAGUGGUCUCUCUGCUGGUUUAUUGAGGCAGGCUACCUACACCACCACAAGAUUGGGGGUGUUUUCUUGGUUGUUUGAUUUGGCCUCAGAGGGUGGUCAUCCUCCCAACUUUGGUAUGAAAGCAUUAAUUGGAAUGUCUGCAGGAGUUGCUGGAGCUUUUGUUGGUACUCCGGCCGAGGUUGCAUUGAUUAGAAUGACAGCGGACGGAAGGUUACCAUUAGCAGAAAGACGCAACUACAAGAACGUUGCAGACGCGCUGAUGCGAAUUUCAAAGGAAGAGGGAGUGAUAAAUCUGUGGCGUGGGGCGGUUCCAACGAUGGGUAGAGCAAUGGUUGUGAACGCAGCGCAAUUGGCUAGUUACACGCAGGCUAAGGAGUAUCUUCUCUCUUCCGGUUAUUUCGGCGAUAACAUCGGAUGCCACUUCGUUGCUUCGAUGAUUUCCGGCCUUGUGACGACGGCCGCUUCCAUGCCGGUCGACAUAGCCAAAACCAGGAUACAAAAUAUGAAGGUGGUCGACGGCAAACCAGAGUUCACUGGUGCCGUCGAUGUUUUGUCGAAAGUCAUCAGGAACGAAGGCGUGUUUGCCUUAUGGAAGGGCUUCACGCCAUACUACGCACGUCUUGGUCCACACACAGUAUUAACGUUUAUCUUCCUUGAGCAGAUGAACCACUAUUACGACUCAUUAUUCUUCAAAGCUUGAAACCAAUGAAAUGCGCACACGAAAUAUGCUGUGUAACAUUAUAUACGAGAACAUUCAAACAACAACAAAAACAUAUAUUUUAUCGAGCAUUUAUUUUUUAUGAUUAAUGAUUAUUUUUAAUAUUUAUUAUAUUUGUUGGCUUAAAUACACUUAAAAAAAACAUUAUUCUAAUCUAUACAACCAAGUACUAGACAAUAAGCGCUAGAUAUAUAAAAUUGGAGACA